CUUGAACUUUUCCCUUCUCCUCUUUCCGGUCGCUCGUUCCUCCUCUUUCCCCCUUCUCACAUCCUCUGUCUCUCGUCGAAUAUCACACUUCUAUUUGGUGGUUGUAGAUUCGGUGCCGUCGUCGCUAGGAAGAAGCGAAGGUUGUUCAUGCGGUCAGGAAAGUUGAAGGAUUACCGAUUAUCUGGGAAGGUUCCUGAAAGAGGUGAGUACCUAACCUUAAGAGGGUCUCUAUUUUUUUCUGCGUCUGCGUUUUUCAACGCUUCAAGAACCCGUUUGCCGGUUGUGCGGUGCCUGUCGCCACUGAAAGGAAGUCCGUGGACCCAAAGUCAGACGCAACUCAAUGUCUGUUCCACUUGGCGCCUGUCGCUGGGAACCUUGAGGGCUACUUGCGACAGCAUCCAAACGUAUCGACUCGACCCUACUGUGUCUCGCGACAAACACUUUCGUCGCAUCCGCGGAAUAGUGUGCUUUUUGCUCAGCUGGAUAAUACAACACUGGACUUGCCUUCGAAACACACGCCGAGAAAUCCAAGACCCGGACCGAACGAAUCGUUACAAUUGCGCGCCUCACACCGACACAUGGAUGUAUGUCGGCCUGUUGACAAUGUGGCCAUAUCACCCAAAUGCGCAAUCGCCAUGUCCUGGCACCUCAUUGUGCGAUGCCACAACCAACAGGACCGUACGGCUUGCGAAAACGAGUUGGGCCAGCAAAAUGGGCUUGUUGUGCUACUUGUACAUGCACCCUGCAGGUUCUAGAAAACUUGGUCCGUUUGCCGUUGUGCGACAGCAUCGUUUACACCCACAUUGAACCGGUCACGGUCAAAAAGUAUUCGUGGGGUGCGUUUCCGGCCUCUAGGACACAUGCACAACACUUGCGACAUUGGCUCAAAUACAGGCAAGAAGAAGUCUUCACUGUUAGCAGGACUGGUCAAUAUCAUGUCGGCGACGUCGACUGAAGAAUCGCUUCCA